CCGGCGAAGGGGGCGUGGCGCCGCUCUCGCGGGGCAUGCUGGGGAAAAUCCGGUCCUCCGACCUCAUCUUGCUUUCUUUGAAGUGGCGUUGACCGUGGGGGUUCCGGACACACGCUUGAGCCAUGAGGCUACUCAGCAGAGCCGGGUCCUUCUCGAGAUUUUAUUCCCUCAAAGUUGCCCCCAAAGUUAAAGCUGCAGCUGCCCCUGGAGGAGUGCCUCUACAGCCUCAGGAUCUUGAGUUUACCAAAUUACCAAAUGGUUUGGUGAUUGCUUCUCUGGAAAACUAUGCUCCUCUAGCAAGAAUUGGAUUAUUCAUUAAAGCAGGCAGUAGAUAUGAGGAUUCCAACAACUUAGGAACCUCUCAUUUACUACGUCUUGCAUCCACUUUGACUACCAAAGGAGCUUCAUCUUUCAAGAUAACCCGUGGAAUUGAAGCAGUUGGUGGUAAAUUAAGUGUGACUGCAACCAGGGAAAACAUGGCUUACACCGUGGAGUGCCUACGGGAUGAUGUUGAGAUUCUAAUGGAGUUCCUGCUCAAUGUCACCACAGCACCAGAAUUUCGUCGCUGGGAAGUUGCUACCCUUCACUCUCAGCUAAAGAUUGACAAAGCUGUCGCCUUUCAGAAUCCACAGGCUCGCCUCAUUGAGAAUUUGCAUGAUGCUGCUUACAAGAAUGCCUUGGCUAAUUCCUUGUAUUGUCCUGACUAUAGGAUUGGAAAAGUGACACCAGAAGAGUUACAUUACUUUAUUCAGAACAACUUUACAAGUGCAAGAAUGGCUUUGAUUGGACUUGGUGUGAGUCAUCCUGUCCUAAAGCAAGUUGCUGAACAGUUUCUCAACAUGCGGGGUGGGCUUGGCUUAGCUGGUGCAAAAACCAAGUACCGUGGAAGUGAAAUCCGAGAGCAGAAUGGAGACAGCCUUGUCCAUGCUGCUGUUGUAGCAGAAAGUGCUGCUCUAGGAAGCACAGAAGCAAAUGCAUUUACUGUUCUUCAGUAUGUUCUUGGUGCUGGACCACAUGUCAAGAGGGGCAGCAAUACCACCAGCCUCCUAAGCCAGGCUAUUGCCAAAGGAAAUCACCAGCCUUUUGAUGUUUCUGCUUUUAAUGCCAGUUACUCAGAUUCUGGACUCUUUGGAAUUUACACUAUCUCCCAGGCUGCAGCUGCUGGAGAUGUUAUCAAGGCUGCCUACAGCCAAGUAAAGUCAAUUUCUCAAGGAAACCUUUCCAGUGCAGAUAUCCAAGCCGCCAAGAGCAAGGUGAAAGCUGGAUAUCUAAUGUCUGUGGAGACUUCAGAGGGUUUCCUGAAUGAAAUUGGGUCACAGGCUCUGCUUGCUGGGUCUUACACACCACCAUCUACUGUCAUUCAGCAAAUUGAUUCAGUGGCUGAUGGGGAUGUCAUAAAUGCUGCAAAAAAGUUUGUUUCUGGCCAGAAGUCAAUGGCAGCAAGUGGGAACUUGGGACAUACGCCUUUCCUUGACGAGUUGUAACACAGAAACACAUAUUACAGAGAAGAGAUCCCCGACCACCAAAUAACAUCAAAAUCAGAGUCUCUUAACAUUGGUCAUUUUCUCAGAGAGGUAAAAUACCUUAAAACAUAAAUGUGAAUAGUUAUUCACAGCUGACCUAAAGUCAAUAAAGCAUGGUAUUUAAAUGUU